AAUCAUCUUUUAGGGCGGGACAAAACGGGGUUUAUAUCCAGGUCAACGUUAUAUUAUUUUGAUACUACUGUAGCACAGACGCCGCGUUUAACUUUACAAACGUGAACGAUCUACACCGAAGAUGUCCGGAAGAGGAAAAACUGGAGCCAAGGCCCGCGCCAAGGCGAAGACCCGCAGCUCCCGCGCUGGUCUGCAGUUCCCCGUGGGCCGUGUUCACCGUCUGCUCCGCAAGGGAAACUACGCUGAGAGAGUGGGUGCCGGAGCCCCGGUAUACCUGGCCGCCGUGCUCGAGUACCUCACCGCUGAGAUCCUGGAGUUGGCCGGUAACGCCGCCAGGGACAACAAGAAGACCCGCAUCAUCCCGCGCCACCUCCAGCUGGCCGUCCGCAACGACGAGGAGCUGAACAAACUGCUCGGCGGCGUGACCAUCGCACAGGGCGGCGUCCUACCAAACAUCCAGGCCGUCCUGCUGCCGAAGAAGACCGGCCAGGCUGCACCGAGCUCCGGGAAGGCGGGAAAGAAGUCCUCCCAGUCUCAGGAGUAUUAGCUUUUAAGCUAACGCCGCUAAAAACCAAAGGCCCUUUUAAGGGCCACUCACUCACGGACAGAGCAGCUUUCCUCUCAAAGAUGUACAUAUGAAUAACGCCGCUUAUUACUGUAACACUUUCUUUGUAAAACGUUACAUUCAGGGGUUUUCAUUAAACAGCAAAUACGACUUUA